AUGAGGUUCCUGCGGCCUUCUCCACCAGGUGGCGUCCAGGAACAUCGUGGUGGGCGGAUCCUACCAGCACACCUGCUGCCACUUACCUUGUUGGGAGGAGUAUUUCAGGAGGACAUCGUCAACACUCCAGUGCCAGAGUGUCAGCUUGUUUUCGUUGCCGUGGAACUGCCGGCAUCCUGUCCGUCUGGAUUCACAGUGGCUGGGAGAAGCAUUGAGACCCCACGACCUGAUCCUCCUGGGUUCCCAAAGAGCCUGUCUCACCUGUCCGUCCUCCAACGCCGCAAUCGCCUGUUCCCUCAGCUCCAACCUCUGACCCACCGAGCAGUCUACCCCUCGCAGCUCCGCUUUCUCCACCAGCAAAUCCCAGAGAGAGAAUCAGUGACUCUGAUCUGUGAGGAUGAAAACAGAUCAGCUGGAUGGACAGUGAGGAGAAACACGACCAGGAAGCCAUGUGGAGAUGGAUGGGGAGAAAAUGAUGGUUCCACCUGUUACAUCAGUGUGCUGUUUCCAUGGGAUACUGGUCUGUACUGGUGUGAGUCUGGAUCCUCCAACAGCAUCAGCAGCAGCAGCAGCAGCAGCAGCAGCUGCAGCAUCCAGCUCUCUGUCUCUGGAUCAGUGAUCCUGCAGAGUCCUGUCCUCCCUGUGAUGGAGGGAGAUGACGUCACUCUGAGCUGCAGAGCAAGGAAUCCAACCCACAACCUCCCAGCUGCUUUCUAUAAAGAUGGCUCCUUCAUUGGUGAUGGAUCAGCAGGCAGCAUGACCCUCCUCCAUGUUUCCAGCUCUGAUGAAGGCCUCUAUAAAUGUAGCAUCAGCGGUUCUGGAGAGUCUCCAUCCAGCAGGGUCUCUGUCAAAGAUAAACCCAUCACCUCCUCUGCCCCCAGCAGUAAGUCUGUUACAGCAGCUGCUGCCUCUCUAAACUCCAAUCCUUCUCCUUUCACUGUGGGCCUUCCAGUUUUCAUCCACCUGGUCGUGUUUUGUCCGUACUUCAUCUCCACUCUGCUCCUGGUGUCUUUAUAUCGACACAAAGACAAAGGAAACCAUCUGCCCAUCUCAGUGGUCAUGUCUUCCUCUGCCCUGGAUGAAUAGACUGUCUGAUUCUGUGUCUUAA